AGAAAUGUCGACCAAAACAAACGCAAGUAAGCCCAAAGACAGCGCUGAAGUUAUAAAAAACAUCCACAAGCAGGCGCUUGAGUAUAUAUUCAAGGCACUGAAGAUCGACGAGGACGACACAGGUGAGAAGAAGGAGGCUGUGCAGUGGUACAAGAAAGGGAUUUCUGAGCUUGAAAGGGGUAUUGCAAUAGAGCUCACUGGGCAAGCUGGAGAGCAGUAUGACCGAGCAGAGAGACUUCAGGAUAAAAUGGUCACCAAACUCACCAUGGCAAAAGACAAGCUUACCCUUUUAGAGACGACACUAGCCUCUAAAAGGAGAAAUGACCCCCAAGGGACAUCACAUCAUGCUCCUUCACAGCCAAAGUCAGUUCCUAAAAGUCAACCCGCAGGUGUUUCCACCACCAUCAGACCCUCCACUUCUGUAAGACCUCCAUUAGGAAUAACUGAUGCAAAGAAAACCGCUCGGGUGGGAAAAACUCAGAAUGGAAGACCGGCAGCUGUGAAACAGCCCCCGAAGAGGGAUAUGAAAAAGAAUGUGGACAGUAAACUGGCCAGCUUAAUUAUGAAUGAAAUUGUAUACAGUGGAGCGACUGUGUCAUUUGAUGACAUCGCAGGGCAGGAUCUGGCAAAGCAAGCACUUCAAGAAAUUGUCAUCCUUCCUGCCUUAAGACCUGAUCUCUUUACUGGUCUGAGAGCUCCUGCACGUGGCUUGCUUUUAUUUGGCCCACCAGGAAAUGGGAAGACCAUGCUCGCCAAAGCAGUUGCUGCAGAGUCUAAUGCAACAUUCUUCAACAUCAGUGCUGCUAGUUUGACCUCCAAAUAUGUGGGAGAAGGCGAGAAGCUCGUACGAGCACUCUUUGCAGUUGCGAGAGAGUUACAGCCCUCAGUAAUCUUCAUUGAUGAAGUGGACGGCUUGCUCUGUGAAAGGAGGGAGGGGGAGCACGACGCCUCUCGCCGUUUAAAAACUGAGUUCCUCAUUGAAUUUGACGGGUUGCAGUCAGGAAGGGAUGACAGGGUACUUGUAAUGGGAGCAACUAACAGGCCCCAGGAGCUCGAUGAAGCAAUAUUAAGGCACUUUGCAAAAAGAGUAUAUGUGACCUUUAGACAAGAUUUACGCUGCUGAAAAAUCUUUUGGGAACGCACGGGAGUCCACUGAGCCAAAACGAACUGUCCUGUCUUGCAAAAGUGACUGCAGGAUAUUCAGGGAGCGAUUUGACAGCAUUAGCCAAAGAUGCUGCACUUGGCCCAAUAAGAGAGUUGGGACCUGUUGUGUCCACACAUACUAUUACAUUUGUUCUGUAGAUGCAUUUACCAGAAGCGCUAGAGGGCGCUAGUGAGUAUGUUGUUCUGGUUGUGGUUUUGAAGAAGAAAAAAGAAAAAUAAAGAAAGGAGUCAUCUCCGGUAAUCCUCUGUUCCUACCUGCAUGUGUGUGUAAUGCCUGCGAACUAACACCACACAACAAGUGGCGACGAGAGUAGUGGUGAUUAAGUUAUGGCUCUGCUCUCUUUGCAACCCCCGGCUGUGUUCCUGGAUUGCCCGGGCGAACCGAA